UUCAGUUUUUAGAGCGGCUCAAUUUGCUUGCAAUUAGUCUUCUAGUAACUAUUUUGAUGCAAAGUUGAUUGUUAUUAAAUUUUAAAAUAUGUGGUCGAUAUUUUCGAGAGAUCCCACUAAAGACUUCGCAUUUGAAGUUGGGGAAAAAAUUUCUGGACUUGAUGAUCAAAGUAUAUGGACAUUGCAUAAGGGAACUCGUAAGGCAAAUGGAGAAUCUGUUUCUAUAUUUGCUUUUGAUGUAGCAGAAAGUAAUGAUGCAGUGAGACAGGUUGCUUCAUCAUCAAUAAAACGAUUGAAGACUCUUCGACAUCCUAAUGUUCUUACAUUUAUCGACAGCCUUGAAGCCCCAAAAUGCAUUUAUAUUGUUACCGAACCUGUGGUACCUUUGUUACAACAUUUGAAGACAAUGGAAACUAAAAAUGCCACUCGUGAUCUUGCAAUAUCUUGGGGUCUUCACCAGAUUUCUAAAGGUCUCAGUUUUCUGGUAAACACUGUAAAUCUUAUACACAACAAUGUCUGCAUGUCUUCCAUAUUUGUAGAUCAAAGUGGAGAGUGGAAGUUAGGUGGAGUAGACUACAUGUAUCCAGCCUCAGGCGAAGGCAGCAAUCUUCCGCCUUUCAAAACCUUACCUAUGCUAGAAAAAUAUGAUCCCCCUGAAAAAUCUGCAAGAAAUCGUAACAAAAAAUCAUCUAAGUGGUCUUCUGACAUGUGGGGUUUAGGCUGUUUAAUAUGGGAAGUUUUUAAUGGACCAUUACCCAGAACUUCUUCACUCAAAGUUGUUGGGAAGAUACCGAAAAGCCUCGUUGCACAUUAUUGUGAACUCGUUGGUGCUAAUCCUGCUUCGCGACCGAGUCCUGAUCGAUUUAUUGAAAAUUGCAGAACUCAGCAAUGUUUCAUGAACAAUUAUUUUGUUGACACAAAUUUAUUCCUUGAAGAAAUCCAGAUAAAGGAUCAGGGUGAAAAAAAUGAAUUUUUCAAUCAACUUCCGGACCAUCUUGAUGAAUUUCCAAUUGAUUACAGCAAACAUAAAAUAUUGCCACAACUUUUAAAUGCUUUUCAAUUUGGUAAUGCAGGACCAGCUGUCUUACCUCCUCUCUUCAAGCUUGGAGCAUUAUUAGAAGCAGACGAAUAUCAACAACGAAUUGUACCAUGUGUUGUUAAAUUAUUUAGUUCAACUGACCGAGCCACAAGAAUUCAUCUUUUACGUCAAUUACCUCUAUUUAUCGAACAUUUAAAACCACAGGUAGUGAACUCGCAAAUAUUUCCAAACAUAAUAACUGGUUUCAUGGAUACAAAUCCAGCAAUACGUGAGCAGUCAAUUAAGGCAAUGUUGCUUCUUGCUCCGAAACUCAAUGACAACAAUUUAAAUAAUGAAUUAAUGAAGCAUUUUGCAAGACUACAAUCAAGAGAUGAUCAAGGACCAAUAAGAACAAAUACAACUGUUUGUCUUGGAAAGAUCGCUUGCCAUCUUAAUGCAUCAACAAGACAAAAAGUUGUGUCAUCUGCGUUUGGAAGAGCAAUGAGAGAUCCAUUCCCUGCAGCAAGAAUUGCAGGUGUUUUAGCAAUGGCGGGAAAUGUUGAAUAUUUUAAUACAAAGGAUUGUGCUUACAAGGCACUUCCAGCGCUAUGUUCUCUAACAGUUGAUCCAGACAAAAAUGUACGCGUCAAUUCAUUCAAAACAAUUUCUGUAUUUCUUCAACGAUUAGAAAAAGCAUCAGAAGAUCCAGAAUUUGCUGCAAAAAUAGAUGCUGAUGCCAGUGCUGCCUCAACCGGCACAGCUGCAAGUGUUGUGGCAGGAGUAUCUGGUUGGACAGGAUGGAUGAGUACAGGUGUUACGUCACUAACAUCUAGGUUGUACAAGAAAGGAGGUGAACCACAGGAUGCUGCACCAGAAACUGACCAGUCCGCUGAAAAUACGAGUAGUCAACAGAAGCCACCAGGUAGAGAAGAAAUUGUAAACAACAAAAAUGAAAGCAAACAAGAAGAUGAUGAUGCAUCGGAUUAUGGGGAGGAGGAUAAUAAUGAUGAAGACAAUGGAUGGAAAGAUGAUAAUGAUGGAUGGGAUGACUUGGAGGUGAAAGUUGAUGAAGAAAAAUCUGAUGGUGAACAACAAAUAGCUGCUGAUGAUGAUGCAGAUUGGAAUGACUCGGGAUGGGAUGUCGAUGAUUUUGAUGAUAAACCAGCAAAAAAGAUAACUUCAGUGUCAAAAAGCUCAUCCAAAACUUCAAACAAAUCAAAAUCGUCAAUGGUGACGGGUAAGAAAUCAAUUUCAUCAUCAUCUGGGUGGGAUGAUUGGGGCAGUAAUGAUGACAAUAUGGAUUCUCCAGAAUGGAAUGACGAUUCUACAUCAACACAAGAAAAGACAGAUAUUAAACCAGCAAGUUUAUAUAACUGGUCUAAUGAUCAAAAUGUUGACCCUAAUUCUGAUGACUUUUUCUCAGAUAUUGUUGCCAAACCCGCCAAGGCAUCCAGUAGACUUGGUCAGCAAGCAAAACAAACCAUACAAUCUUCUUCUUCAUCCACUAAAGUUCAAAAGAAACAAGAAAAGAGGAAAGAAGAAAAUUCGAUUCCAUCAGUUGAUAAUAGUAGUAAUGAUUGGGGAUGGGGAAAUGAGUGGAAUAAUGAAAAUCAAGGGUUGUCGAAAGCUGAGCUAAUGAAGAAGCAAAGGGAAGAAAAAAGAAGACAAAGACAGGAAGAAAUGGAAAAGAAACGAGCUGCGAGGGCUACUGGCGGAAAACUUGGUGCAAGAAAGAUGGAUUAGGGGUGAAUUCUGUGAACUGACUGUGUGCGCGCUCCACUGGUACCUGCCAUAACCAUGUUUUAUCUUAUGCGGACAAAUGUUGCUGCAGAAAUACACUACUGCCAGACAACGUGAUUCCUAAAGCUGAAUAUUAUGUCACAUACUUGUUGUUUUCACAAUACACCACGCAUAUGUUUUUCUCAAAUGGGUUUCUUGGACUUCCCUGUUUAUUCUUAAAAAUUUUAGAAUAUAGAUAGAUCACCAAGUUGUUCUCUCAGAAAAAAAAAACUAUUAUCAAAAUAAUCUUAUAAUGGUGGGAUGCAGUAAGAACCUUUAUUGGGACAAAAACUUAUACCUCUUACUUGCCUUAGUCAGGACCACAUGGAGCUAUGAUUUCAAAACAGCAAUUUUGUAUUAUUUGGUUUUUCUUGAAUGUACAUCGUCUUGUGGACCUGAAAUUAACAGUCAGCAGCAGCGCACAGUGAACAUGCGACCAUUGCUGGAAGUAAUAUGGCAUAAUCUAGGCAAGACAGCAAAACAUUAGUUUUGAAUGCUCGUACUUACAGAAAUGCCAAAAAAUUUAUUCCAUCAUAUAAAGCACUUGGUACACAAACCAUGUACAGUUUUCUUUAUUAAAAUCCUAUAUUAAUAUUUAUUAUUAUAGCCAUGAUUUAUCUUGUAUAAUAUUUUCUUGUAUGUUUGCAUAUGUGCUUAUGCCUUCUAACUGAAUAGUUAUUGAACUUUAAGUGAAAGGACUUCUUUAUUACUAUCACUUCUGGAAGAUUCUAAUACUGUAAUGGACUUUUUGGAGCUAUUUUUCAUGUACAACAUGCUUUGGGUAUAUGUUGUAAAAGUAGAAAUGCAUUCUGCAUUUAUAAUUGCACUAAACUUUUGAAAUGUCCAUAAACUGCCAUGUCACAUCAUUUUGAUCUGGUUGUUCUUUUAGUGUGACAGAAUGCUUGUAUUGGUUGGCUGUCUUCGUUCAUUUGGUUUAAAUUGUCAUCGGUUGCUUCUAGAGUCAUUUUGUGCAAUAAUAAAUGAGAGCCUUGUAUGCCUUCUAUGUU